UUUUUUUGUAUGAAUUGAUUAAAUAUUACUUACAAUAAUCAAUUGAAUUGAAUGUUACCUUUAUGUUGUGUGUGUGUAUGGAAAAACCGAUAUGUAAGUGCACGAAUCAAAUAAAACAAACAUUAAUUCAAUAAAAAUUAUUUUAGUACAAUGAAAAAAUUCAUGCAAAAAUCUAAUACCGCUCUAAAUGCCACGCCUAAGUUUAGAAAGUUAAGAAAACAGAGCUAUGAGUUCAACUCCCCCACAUCUUUAUUUUUGUUUAGCCCUGAGAAUAAAUACAAAAAGUUUGUUUGUGGUUUAAAUAAAAGAAGUGGAAGAGUGCAGGGUGUACAAAAAGAGCAACAAAGAAGAUGCAAAAGCUUGGAAAUGAUGUUGUAUGAUGUCGUGCUGGUCGGCUAUAAGGAAGAACAGGAAGAAAAUCCGCGUUUUGAAGUUAACGAUGAUGUUUUUGAAGAAUAUACUCCACCGGCACCAAAUAGUAUUACAGAGUGUUAUAUAGAUAAAAUACCAGAUGAAGUGAUAAUAAACAUCUUCCAAAACCUCACAGUGGCUGACUUAGGACGUUGUGCUAAAGUCUCAAAACAGUUUCGUAGAGUGGUUUGGACGAAGAUUUUUUUCAAAUACAACUUGAUUUUCGAUGAGGAGAAUCUCGAUGUAGAUUUAGCAGUCAAACAGAUCUCGGAACAUUUUAAAUGCACACACUACAACCCCUGGCAAGAAAUCACCAAAUUUUCCGUGAAAGACGGGGCCAGAGUUUCCAACAUGACGUUGGAGGUUCUGGCAGGGAAAUGCCCCUCAUUGAAUUGCCUAAUCAUAAGAGAUUGCCCCUUUAUCUCCAAUCAAGGACUAUUCAAAAUAAUUGCAGGAUCAAAAAAUCUAGUCCACCUUGACGUUUCGGGAUGUAAACUGAUCACAGCGGCUUGGGAUAAGUAUUUCACAAGACAUCCACUCUUGAAAGUUUUGGAUUUGAAUCAUUGCACUGAUCUGGAAGAUAGCGGAGUAAAAUGUAUCGCCAUGAGAUUUAAGAAUUUGAAUAGACUCUCAUUGAGGGGGUGCAACAAAAUAACAGACGCAAGUGUGGACUACAUAUCAAAUUUUUGCCGGAAACUGCAACAACUAAGCCUGUCAGAUUGCUUGAAAAUAACUGAUGAAGCAAUGUGGACGCUUACCAGGCUAAAAAGCACGCUGGUCUACUUAUCGAUAGAAAACCUGGUUCAGAUCACCGAUUACGGGAUAAGAUGCAUCGGGAAAGACCUCAAAUUAUUGCAUUUCAAUAUGGGUGGCUGUGUGGGGGUCUCGGACUACGGGGUUAUAUGUUUGGCGAAUGGUUGUAGAACCUUGAAAACGCUAAGUUUGUCCAAUACGAACCUCGACGAUCCAGGACUUUGCAUCAUAGGUGACAGUUUGGUUAGCCUCAGGUGUUUGAGUGUGGAUAAUUGUUGGAAAAUCACUGAUAAAGGGGUUAAUUAUAUGGUUUUUCACAGGAGGAAUUUGGUUAAGUUUUCCAUCAAGGGAUGUAAACUAUCAGCGAGUUGUUUUAAGUUUAUUAAAAAGUAUUGUGCGAAUUGUUAUGUUGAACAUAAUAGUGUUGAGUUUGAUAUUAUAAGUGAUUUAAUGUUUUGAUGUUUUUAUAUUGUUUUUAUAUUUUUAACUGAUUUUAGUCAAUAUACGUUUUUUAUUGGUUUGCUGAAUCAUUUUUCC